GGUUACUUAACCUUUAAUUCCCAUAAGUGAUUAAAAGUUAACUUCUCCUUAUAAUACUCGUUAAUUAUCCAGUAAACUGGUGAUGAGAAUACUCAAACUUUAAAGGAAGAAGUUGUUAUCUUGAUCAAACACUUAAUUCUCGUCACUAAUUUUCAAGGAAAUGUAUAGCAGUUAGAGAAGAGAAUUAACAAUCAGAUCUUGGGAGUUCAAAGAUUGACUGAGUCGAUUAUAGUAUCGCAACAGCAUCGCUCGGUCACAAGUUCAAAUCCUGUUCAAUAUUGCCAACAUUUUUCAGGGUACUCUUUGCAAUUUCAUUACGCAACUUAAUGAAACAAACCAACCGUUUAGGGUAUAGAGUGUAAAAAUAAAAAAUAAAAAACGGAACGAAACAGAAAUGAAGGGCUAAACGUCUGCCAGUUGUUUUCGCCGUCACUGAAUUUUCGCCUUCAUUCCAGACGAGAGCUAUUGCAUAACAAUGGAGACUAGAGACGUCAUUCUGAAUUUCCGUUUUGUCUCGGUUCGGUGUACAGUUAAAAAAUUAAGGAAAAUAUUCGAAACUCGAUGUGACUGCGUAUUUACUUCAUAUUUGAUAACCCAUGUAGUGUUUCACGUACCGGCGGAUGCAGCACAACAGUUUCUCUCGACACCUCUUUGCCUCAGUGAAGGAGAUGAGCGUUACAAGCUUGCUGUGUCACGCCAUCGGCAGAUCUUUACCAUCAGUUUUGGCAACUCAUUCAAGAGGUUCGAAACACGCUCAGGAAGUGAAAAGAGGAAAUUCAUUCCAGACUUCACUUUCUAAAGAGUCAGUUAUGAAUUUAACGCCUCUUCUUUUGCAAUCGAAAACAAAGAUUCUAAUGACGACGAAUGGGAAGAUGUAGAUGACUGUAUCAGCUUGGACUCAGCUGAUGAAGAAGAAGUCCUACAAGAGGCAGCUCAAUAUGAUGUCGACAUGAAUUCUGAAAGUUUAUCCACGGAAAUGAUCAACGCAAUUGUCACGCAAGGAGUUCCAAAAAGGGUUCUUUCGAAAUGUUCAUUUGGUGAAGCGACUAUGUAUGAAGCUUUGAGUGCUCAUGCUGACGGAGAGAAGCUGCUUCACAUAUUAAGCACAGUACAAGCGAGGGCAUUAAUUUGCCUUAAUAACAUUGUGUCAGCCUUGGAUACAGACCUGCUGGGAGGAGAUGAAGCAUUGGGACAACUUUGGAAUUCGCUUUUCUCUCUAACCUUUACAACAGACACCAAAGUAUUUGUUUCCCGCGAGGAAGACUUUUUAGAAGCCGCCACAGGAGUCCUUCGAUCAAUUAUGGAUAAAAUGUCCUCUGUAAAAGAGCCGCAAUGCAUCACGACUGAACAUGUGACAACACUGUGUAGAAUCACGGCUGACACGUCAUGUGAAGCUGCUAAGGUCAAGCUGCUAAGCAUCCUGGGAAUUAUUGGCAAGAUGGCUGGCAAGAAGGACAACACUCUCGAGGUCCUAAAGUCCCUUGGUGUCGUGUUUCGUGACAUCAUUGUCGGUGAUCAUAGUUUAUGGUUGAUAUCUGAAGCGCUGGACGCCGUCUUUGAUACGUUUGCGGACGGACCGUUGGUCAACACUGCUGCAGAUUCAGUUGGCCUUAUGCCAAACUUAGUGGAGCUGGUACCAGUCCUCAAGAGCAGGAUAAAGACUGAACGAAGAACUCUGGGAGACCACUUCCCUGUGAUAGAUGCUGCGAGGGUAAACCUGACCAGAUUCAUAAAAUAUAAAUUCAAAGGCCAUUAGGAACUUGGUGGCACAAACGGCCAGCUUGCCGGUUGUACGGCGAGGAUCACACUCUGAUGAUAUUUGUCUACCUUCUACUCUAUAAUGAUAUCAACUACCAAUUUAACACGUGCAGAUAUCACGACCAUACACUAAACACGUACAGUUGCUUUUCCAGAUAAUCCGUUUGGAUUCAACUUCUAGGGAUCGGCAAUCGUGAAAACAUUCUUUUAAGACCAAUUUUUUUUGGUCAAAAUUUAGCUUCAUUUGACGACAAGUCGUCACGUAGCAUGAAAAAGUGGCAACCUACGACUCUUCUCUCUCCUCGAUUUAUUUUGUUGUUAUGUUUUGCAAAAGAGUGUUUUUUGCAUAAGACAAUAACGUCACAACAUUUAUUGAAAGAAGGAGGAAAGGAAGGCACUAUGUGUGCGCGUGAAUGAAAAAUGACUGAAAAUUUUUAAACAUAAUAAUCACUCCGCAAUUGAAGGACCUGAAACCUUGUUAAUUUAUGGCUCUACUAAGUAGAGACGGGUUCCAAUGAAUUUAGAAAGAGGGUUUUUGUGUUAUUUUAAGUCUUACAAUAUAACAAAUCUACUAUAUCGUGCUCUUCUCCAAUAUUUUCUUGCUUAUUCAAAUGACAUACUAGAUACAACAAUUCAAUAUGAUCGUUCGUCUGGUGUACUGAAUGUAAAUAGUAAUAUGAAGUCUACUUCAUAAAUGCUGAAAUAUUCAUUAA